AUGCCUAUUCAUGAAAUUUUUAAACCUAUAUCUAAAUGGAUAAGAAAAACAGUUAGACAAAGGACUAGGCCUGUACCAAGAGAUGUAGCUGAAGAGAGACAGAUGUUCUUUUCUACAGUAUAUUUUUUAUCAGCUUUAGGUUUAAUGGUAUUAGUAUUGGCCGAUAUUGCGAAAAGAGAUUUACAUGCUGUCCCUUAUAAAAGAAAUCGUGAUAAAAAAUUGUCACAGGCUAAAGAAGAAAAAACGGAGGAAUUAUCUCUUGAUGAAUAUGAAGAAGUCAUGAAAUCGAAAGAACAUUAUUAA